GAGUAUCGUAGAGGUUGGGAGUUGGAGUUAACGUGUUAUGUCUUCUCAUCUAAACCCAAGUUACGUCAUCCAUCAUCUCCUCUCCUGAACAGACAUAUUAUAUUAUCAACAGAUAAAUAAAAUAUCUAUCUAUCCAUCUGGUACGGACCAAAUCCAAGGGCCGUAAAACUAGCGACUACCAUGAGAGAGAAAACGCGCUAAUUCAUCUCUUCUCAUCUCAUCUCAUCUCAUUUCAUACAAAACAACAAUAACAAUCAUCGAUUUCACCCCCAAACCCUAAUUACAAAACAAUAUUCGCUACCUCACAAUCCCCUCCUUCCUUAUGCUUUUUAUUUCCGAUUAAUCCAUUAAUAAUUAAAGCUACAGAGCCCCCUAAAAAGGGGAUUCCUGAUUUUGUUGUCGGUCAAGUAAGGAAUUUGAGGAGAUUUUGUUUGUUCUUCAAGUCAUAAACUUAUAAUUGUUAUAUAGGUUAGGGUUAGGGUUUGUCUUGUUGAGAUUGUAUGGGGCUUCAGGCUGCCGAUCUUGUUGAGGAUCAGGAUGAUCUUAAGGGAGGUAAAGGUGCUGCUGCUGCUGCUGCAUCGGUUUCGUGCUCGAUUUGCCUCGAGGUUGUUGUCGAUGAUAGCGGGGAUCGGGCGUGGGCGAAGCUUCAAUGCGGGCAUCGGUUUCAUUUAGAUUGCAUUGGUUCUGCAUUUAAUGCGAAGGGAGUGAUGCAAUGCCCCAACUGCAGGAAAGUUGAGAAAGGCCAGUGGCUUUUUGCGAAUGGUUCUAGAUCGUAUCCUGAGUUCAGCAUGGAUGACUGGGCCCACGAUGAAGAUCUCUACGAUCUAAGCUAUACCGAAACCACUUCAAUGUGGUGCCCCUUUAGUGGAUUUACUCGGAUUGCUGCUUCUUUUGAUGAUGGGGAAUUCCCGACAACUGCGUACCAUGAUCUUCUUGGACCGCAUGCAAUUUUUACCGAACAUGCAGCAACGGUAUCAUCUGCUGCUCAUCUAUGUCCAUAUUUUGCAUAUGUUCAACCGGUUCACCCGUCUUCGUCAUCCUCAACUUCCAGUGCAAGUGUUGCUGAUGGUCCUACACCUACCUACAAUAAUAACAACAAUAAUAAUAGUAAUAAUAUUAAUAAUAAUAAUCACUGGAACAGCAGCCAAGCAGCAUCCAGUGAUAUGCCAAAUUCUUAUGCUUUGCCCACCAUGGAUGUCCGCUAUCCCUCCGCCCUCUUUCCUCCGUCAAAUAACCGUGUAGGCGUCGGUAGUGCGGAUCAACCCUCCAUGCCACCUGUCAUGCCGCGAAGACCGGUUAGGAAUAAUGCUGAUGUUCCUAGAUCAGCCACUUACACGCAUCCGUUUCUUGUUGGCCAAAGUUCUGCCGCAAGAGUUCCCAGCUCGGUUGGGUCGUCAAUGAUUCAUCCUCAUCCCGGGAGUGCCGCACGGGCUCGUGAGCGGGCUCAGGCCCUUCAGGCCUAUUUUCAACAACCCAGUGGUUUACCGGGCUUACGUGCGCCUAUGCUAUCUGGAUCACGAAGAUCCAACAGCCAGGCCCAGAUGGGUCAAGUGGGCUCAUCUUCAGACCCGAUUCAUGGAGGUGGCAUCUAUUACCUCCCAACAUCCGUGUCAUCAACUACUAGAAGUGGCUUUCAGGAAGCAGAAAGCUCGAUGGCGAAUCCAUUCCACCAUACAUGGGAAAGAGACCAACACCUAGGGCCAGCGUGGGGUUUUCACCAGAAUGGUGGUGGUGGGUCUGGUGGGGUCUUUCGAGUGAGGCAUGGGUCGGAGAGGACUCAGUCUCAAGGUCGUUAUCGGUCGUAAGUUAAAAAGAAGGUUUUAUUCGGCUGCUUUUCAUAUCAUGAACCAACGAGUAUGAUGAGAAAACUUAUUUGGUGAAGUGUUUUUAAGAAUGUAAGUGUUAACAGUUGGUUUCAGGCUUGAUACUGUUGAAUGGCCUUGAAAUGAGUCCAUUUGCUGCUUUGUUGAUUGGUUUGUGUCAUGGAUGUUGGCUUGGAAAUACAUAAUAACCUUAAUUGUGUUGAAACAUGAUUAAACUAA